CUAAUUUCUCUCUGAAGAAACACUAACAAUGACGACUAUCUCAGAUCUUUCGUUGGAUUUAGUAGAGAAGAUAGUCUAUAGGGUUCCCAUAACUAGUAUAGGAGCGGUGAGAUCCACUUGCAAACUAUUGAACCGUUUAUGCAAAAAUCGGAUUUGGCUUUACCUAGAAGAAAAGAGGCAUCAGUUUCUAGGGUUCAUGGUGAAGAAUUAUAAGCUUUGUUUGAUCAAAUUCUAUCUUCAUGGAAUACUCGACGAAGAAGAAUUUGUGGAUCCAUCUAUAAAGGGGAUCAUCGGGGAUUCACUACUUAAUCAAGUCGAUGUAACUAAAGUCUUCCAUUGCGAUGGCUUAUUGUUAUGCGUCACCAAGGACAAGGAGGAGGUGGACAGAACUAGCCUCGUGGUCUGGAAUCCCUAUUUGGGACAAAUCAGGUGGAUCCAACGACCAAGAAAUAACUACCACAGGUUAGACAGGUAUGCUCUCGGAUAUGACAAGAAGAAGAACCGUAAACAUAAAAUCUUGAGGUUCUUGGAUGAUAACAUGGGUACAUACGAAAUUUAUGAUUUCAGCUCUGAUUCAUGGAGGGUUCUUAAUAUCACUCCGGACUAUGACACUACGUUUUUUCAACGCGGCGUGUCUCUUAAAGGAAAUGCUUAUUUUUUCGCCACAGAAAAAUUAAGAGUAGUAACAGAAGAAGAAUACACACCAGAGCCUCAUAAAUUUUUAAUCUGUUUUGAUUUCACAAUAGAGAGUUUCGGACCACCUCUGCCUCUACCGUUUAACCUCUAUACUGGAGAUACUGGGACUUUGUCUUCUCUUAGAGACGAGAAACUCGCAGCUCUAUAUCAGUGUUGUGAUAUGGCCGAGGUGGAGAUUUGGGUGACAACUAAGAUUGAGGUGCCUAAUGCAUUGUCGUGGAUCCCCUUUUUAAGAAUUGACUUGGAACCAUUCACAGGUUUUGAUUUACAGUUUCAGCAUGGUGGUGCGAGUUUCUUUAUUGAAGAGGAGAAGAAAAUCGCUGUAGUUUUUCAUUUAGACAGUUCUGAUCAAAUGACCUACUACGACUCAGAUCAUGAAGACCUCAUUGGAGAGAAUGGAUCAUCUGAAAUUACCUGCAACGACACAGCUUACAUCAUUGGAGAGAAUGGAUAUUUUCAAAAGGUGGGUCUUGGAGAAGGUGUGAGUGGGCUUGUAUCAACAAAAUUGCAAGAGGCAAAAGGAAUAGACUCACAAGAUGGUACAAAUUGAAGUUGAAGAUACAUCUAACUUCAGAAUCAUUUCAGAGGAAAAAAACAUAUGUACAAGAAAAGUUAAUUCACCACUUUACUUAUUUUCUUCCGAUAAAAAUAAAUUUACCAAUACAAACCAACACACUUAUGGUUUUGUCUGUGUGUUUGGGUUCAUUUAGACAACAUUUUAUGUAGAUGAGCACAAAAAGAAUUGAAAAGAGAGUUAAGAAAAAAAAAAAAACUCUCCUAAAG